CUCACCCUUGUCGUUCGCUUUCCCCUUCUCUCUUUUUCCCAGCUAGCUAGCCAGCCAGCGCGAAGGACGACGACAGCCGCGGUCGACGUCGAGGACGAGCAGCACAAGCGAAAAUGUCGGGUCCAGGUCGCCGCGAAUCAUCGUCGUUCGAGAGCUCGUCUCGAAGCUCGGGAAGCAGCAGUGGUGGUCGCAGCGCCGAGCCUCCUCAGCAUCAGGAGCAUCAUCCCCAGAGUACUUCUACUAGUACUGGCACAACGUCGCCUGCGUUAUCCGAUGAGCCAGCCCCGGUGCCCUUCCCUCGAAACGACAGCCCCAGUCCGCCUACCCCACGCACGCCCUCUACGCCCUUUUCCCCUGGCCAAGAUGCACCCCUUCUGACGAACAACUCCUCGCCCGAUGCUUCGCCCCGUUCUCCAGCGCGGACGUUCUCCACCGGCGCCUUCAUCUCCUCGCCUCUCAACCCGAACGCACCCCAUGGCGCAACCAGUCCCAACCCCGCCGUCAACAGAUCCCGACCAGGCUCGCGCAGCGGCUCUAUGUAUCUCAAUAUGGACAGGAUCGCAUCGGAGGAGUCGCAGGCUUUGGGAUCACAGACGCCACAACAGACGCGGGGAUCCAUGAUUCUCUACCGACUCGCUUCCGACGAGGAGUCCGCUCUCGGGGCUGGUGCAGGUCUGGGAGUGGCAGGCUCAGAGCUACAACCUCCCCGUCUGAGCAUGUUGAAUCGUAAUUCCGUCGUUUCGACUUCCGGCGACUCCAUCUGGUCUCUCUCCUCCGACUCCAAAUACCCCAACGCCGUCCUCGGCGGGACCACCUCCGUCCGUGCACGCGGCCUCGUACCCUACGCCUACGACCCGCUCGACACGAAAGAAGUCGCAGACGACGAGGAGAACGGCGGGCUCGACCCGAUGCACGAGUAUGCCGUCGGUGAAAAGGAUCGUUAUGAGCGGCGGUGGAUCACGGCGCGGGGGGUGUUGAAUGUGGGCGUGCUGGUGUUGUUGGUGAUGGCGCUGUUGGCGCUGUUCAUUGCGUAUCCGGUUAUUACGUUCGUUAGGGAUAAUGCGAGGAAUUUGUUGAUUGCGGAGAGUGGGAGUAAUACGGGGGGUGUGGUGGGCGGGGAGGAGGAUAUUAGCCAAUUCUCCGUCCCAACCCUCAUCGACCCCGACACCCCCUCCUCCGCCCUCACCCGCACCGGAUUCGACAACGAACCCUACACCCUCGUCUUCUCCGACGAAUUCAACACCCCCGGACGCACCUUCUACCCCGGCGACGACCCCUUCUGGGAGGCCGUCGAUCUCUGGUAUUGGGCCACUAACGACACGGAGUGGUAUGAUCCGAGACAGGUGACGACGGCGAAUGGGAGUCUGGUGAUUACGAUGGAGGAGGUGCAGGUGGGGGAGGUCGUGGGGAGUGAGGAUGACGGGAAGGCGUGGGAUGGGACGGAGGGGUUGCCGUAUAGGAGUGGGAUGUUGCAGAGUUGGAAUAAGUUCUGCUUUACGAGUGGGUAUGUCGAGGUUAGUAUCACGCUACCCGGUCCGAAUCAGGAGACGACGGGAUACUGGCCCGGCAUAUGGACAAUGGGCAAUCUCGGACGACCCGGCUACGGAGCGACGACAGACGGCCUAUGGCCUUAUUCCUACGACUCCUGCGACCUCGGCACCUUCCCCAAUCAAACAACAGCAGAUGGGUCAGGCCCAGCCGGGACGUUGGAGACGACGGCGAGCAGCACGAAGUGGGAUCAUCAUUUGAGUUGGUUGCCGGGGCAGAGGUUGAGCUCCUGCACCUGCCCAAACGAAGACCACCCCGGCCCCUUCUCCUCCUCCACCAACACCUUCCGCGGCCGCGGCGCACCCGAGAUCGACGUCCUCGAAGCCGAGCACAAUAAGCUGAACACGCAGACGGGCCAGGUCGUGAGCCAGAGCGCGCAGUUUGCGCCGUUCACGCAUGAUUAUCUGUAUAAUAACGCGACGACGGAUCAGUUUGAGAUUUUCGAUGAGACGAUUAGUUGGCCGAAUACUUAUAAGGGCUCGGCGAUUCAGCAGGCGGUUUCUGCGCUUACGCUUACGCCGUCCGAUAUGUUCCAAGGCUCGGGACAGCAGUUCACUACUUUCGGAUUCGAAUACUGGGCGAACCCGUCCCAGCGCGACGAAGGGUUCAUCACCUGGAUGGCGAACGGGGCAAAGACGGCGAGGAUGAGCGCGGCUGCUGUUACGGCUGAUCAGGGCGACGGGGGGAGUGGGGUUGGGGAUCGGUUGAUUCCGGAGGAGCCAAUGGCUCUCAUUAUGAAUCUUGGAAUCUCAACGAACUGGCAAACUGUCGACCUGAGCACGAUGGAGUUCCCGGCGACGAUGCUCAUCGACUAUAUCCGCGUGUACCAGCGUACGGACUCGCAGAACGUGGGGUGUGAUCCGAAGGAUUAUCCCACGGCGGAUUAUAUCGCGAAGCAUUCGGACGCUUAUAAUAACCCGCAGUUGAAGCACUGGACGACGGCCGACGACGGGAGUGGGUAUAAUGCCACUUUCCCGAGGAAUCAGGCUUACUACGGGAGCUGUUAGUCAACUUCGUAUCAUGGGAUCCCCCCACCUCUCGUUCGGCCUAUCAUCCCUCGCCACCAACCCAACACCGAACCCACGCCGCAUUCGCAUUCGCAUCCGCAUCGCGCAGCAAGCACCCCGCUGGCUCACUGACAACUCACCCACUCACUCAUCGUAUCAUUCCCUUCUUUCUUGUACUCUCGUUCCUUACUCUAUAUCCACGCCCGGCCACUCGGACUUAUUUCCUUUUCCGCGCUCGUUUUCGUCCCGUAUAUUCUUGGUUUUGUCCCGAUCGUUUCGUUCGUCGGCCCUAGCUCGUUACAUCGCCGAUGUCUGUGUCUGUGUUAUUACCCCUCGCUCGCUCUCGCUUCAUGUCAUCUUUUCUUCUGUUUUGUACCCCCUCAACCCUCAAUCCAUUCCGUUCGCGCAGUCAAAACCCGCACACUUUUCUCUUUCGUCGCGCCCCGUUGUUCAAUGCCACUUUCUUCAUUUUUGCAACCCUUCAACCUGCAAUCACGAUAUUUCACCCUUUUUAUUACGUUCGAUUGUUCUUUUUGGACAUUACACUUUCGAUUUGAGAUUUGAGAUUUAUCUUCGCCGUAGCACUAUUUAUUCCCUCCGCCAUCUGUCAUCCAUCACAUCCACCCGCCACCGCCACCCACCCUCCAUCAAUUAGCUGUUACCCUCGCCACCCUCUCCUUCGUCGCGUCGUCCCCACUCGUCCGCAGCUAUAGUUACCCAUAUACGCCCUGCUCAAGGGCUUGAUCACUACAUAUGACCGUUAUCAUCGCUCUCAACCGGUUACCCUCCCCCCUCUCGGUUCGGUCUCGUCUCGGACGUUGUUCUUAUUACAUACCGCCACUCCUCCGACCCUCCUACC